AGUAAGGUGCCCUACACUUUCUAUUUACAAUAAGUAGUAUGGUUACUUUCCUGGAAAAAGACAUCCUAAUCUUUUUGAGCCAUUUUGGCUGCCAUUUUUGUUCUUGUACCGGAUGCAAGCUCUGUGUCAUUGGGUCAUCAGUGAUAUCAAUCAGCUUCACGAUUCUUUGUUGCCUUCCGCAGAUGAGCACCAUUGUCACUGAAAAUGGACGGAAUAAUGAUAGUAAUCAUGGGGUGUGGAGCGGUAUGUGUAUUACUGGUUCUCAGCCUGUUUCCCAUCAUUCAGAUUUCAAUUGGCGCCGUAUACUUGGACGAGUGUCCAGUCCAGGCAGAGAUCCCCAUCUACCUGAUUGUGUUGGGUGUCCUUCAAUUGGUUGUCAUGUUCACUGGGUGCUGCAACCCUCUAAAGCCUGACAGUUUGAAGAAGCCGAAGCUGAGAUGGCACAUCUGGAGAUCGAUACUGACCAUGUUCUUCUUCUGUUGGUUCAUCACAGGUAACGUUUGGAUUUACUCCAUUUACGAGCCCAGCUACAACAAGAACACUACGGAUGUGAACUCUUACUGCAACAAGACGGUCUACCUGUUAUCCUUCUGGACUAUAACACUGGUCUACAUUUUGCUGGGUCUGUUCCUGUUAGCCGGCUGCAUCAUCCUCUCUGGCUUUUUCUUGUGCCACGGCCUCAAAGCUGAUGACUCCAACAACGCCAACAACGUCGACAAUGUCGACAACAUCAACAACGUCAACAACAUCAACAGUGACAACGACAGCGACAGCGUCCCUACUACAAUCCCCUGAGAGACUCUGCAGAGAAAGUUUUAAAUUGGGUUCCUCUGAACAGAUUGUCGGGUAUCACUUGAAACUCUUAGUUUCUGUUGUGCGGGCCUCCAGAGCCCAUAUCUGUUAUUACAUGAAAUAACUUUCAGCUAUCAUAAGAAUGAUCUUAAAGGUAGAGUCAGUGAUUUUUCAGGAGGCUUCCCCAAGUUCUAAAUAACUGCGCAUGUGCAAGAGCUGCUCUUCCACUCCUCAGCGGGAUUGCAUGAAAAAUCUUCCAAAUCCACUCUGGUCUUAUUACUCUCUAGUGAGGUUUUCUUCUUCUUCUCUUAAACUUGUAUGGUGAGAGCGGCGGAGCUGCCAUGAAUGGACAACACCGAAACUAACCACUAAGCCAGUGGUCCCCAAUCCUGGUCCUCGAGGGCCGGUGUCCUGCAACUUUUUUUUGUUACUCUGCUUCAACA